UACGAACCACUAGAAGCUUUCAUUGAAAGAGAGGGAGAAGAGACUGGGAUUACGAAGAGGCAAAGGUUCGUUCAGCUGCUGUGGAAAGGCUUGUUUCCAUAAGAGAGAAAUUUCUGCAGCAGUUAGCUUCCUUACUUGUUCCUCAAAAGUUUCUCAAUUUGAAUCGCAAUGGCUCGCUCUUUCUCAAACGCAAAGUUUCUUUCUGCUUUCAUCACCAAAACAAUCAACGGGAGAGGAUUUUCAGCGGCUGCACCUCAAGGAGUUGUGCCCAACGUCCCCAAAGGAGGAGCUUCCACGGUAAAGAAAAUUGCGGAGGAGAAGAUUGCAUCCUCAGAGAAGGUCGCAUGGAUUCCAGACCCUCGCACCGGAUGCUAUAGACCAGAAAAUGUAGCGAAGGAGAUUGAUGCGGCCGAGUUAAGAGCUAUGCUGUUGAAGAAGCAUUAAACGUAGAAACAAAUAAAGUCUUUCUUCGUCGUGCCGAUAUAUCAAUAAUCGGUCGCCGAUCUUUGAAUGUCUUAUGCUUUAUAUCUCUGCUAUAGCUCCUUUGUCCUCCCUGUUUACGACAAGAAGAAUUCUUACCUUGUAAUUCUUCUUUCAUAUAGAAAUUGAAUGAUUAAUUUCUAGUUA